CAAAACUAAAGCGAACACGUCAUCAUGAAGUUUUUAUUAUUUUGUGCAAUGUGCAUUUUAGUUUACGGAAACAGUGAAGAUGAUUUCUGUGAAAUAGAUUCCAUUGAACAAGAGGAUCCGUGCCGCAGGGAAGGUGGUUUGUGUACUGUGGCUGAGGACUGUCCAUCUGAUAUCAGAGCCAGAACUGGACUCUGUCCUAAGCAGCAAAAAGACGGAAUCGAAUGCUGUUACGGAGUGUCCGUAAAAGAGACCAGAUGUCGGAAGCACGGCGGAGAAUGUUUCUCGAAAGGCUACUGCAGUCAAUCUUUGAUAUAUGAAGAAGCUUCAGACUGUCCCGAAGGGAAUGAUUGUUGUAUUUUAGUGUAACAAUAAACGGUUAUCUUCGA